UGUGCACUCACGCACACGUUUAUAUACAUAUUUACACGUAUAUCUAACAUUCUGUAUAAAAUUUUACUCCGCCGUUGGUGAUUCCGUCGUCUUCGUCUUCUCCCGUUUCUCUCAGAGCAAGAACUCUCGACAUAUAGCGAAACGGGAGUGAUCGCAGAGCGAUCUUCAAUUUCCUUCUUAGAUCGAUCUACUUUCUUUAUGUACAUAGAUGGAUCGAUUUCAAUUGUUUGUUCCAAGUGUUUUCUGACGUUUUUAGGUUCUGAAUUAUUGAAAUAAUAGUGAGACCUUAGGGUUUUUUCUUUGUUCCUUUUAGUUUUGUUUGAGAUAUAAUAAAGUAAUAUAUUAUAUUAUAUAUAUACACGGUAAUUUGAGAUGGCAAGGAGUAGAUCAUCGUCGACCAGAUGGAGGUAUAUAAAUCCAGCGUAUUACUUGAAGCGUCCGAAACGUCUCGCAUUGCUCUUCAUCGCUUUUGUCUUCGUCAGUUUCUUCGUUUGGGAUCGACAGACUCUUGUACGAGAGCACGAGAUAGAGGUCUCUAAGUUGAGUGAAGAAAUGAAUCGGUUGCAAGAUCUGCUGGAAGAGUUACAGAAUGUUCAAGGAGUUUCUGGUGCAAAAAGUGGAAAAGUCUCUAAGAAAAAUGAUGUUCAAGAUGAUCCGAUUGACAUUCAGCGGAGAGAAAAAGUAAAAGAUGCCAUGGUUCAUGCAUGGAGUUCAUAUGAAAAAUAUGCUUGGGGCCAAGAUGAGCUUCAGCCACAGACAAAGAAUGGUGUUGAUAGCUUUGGUGGUCUUGGAGCAACUCUAGUAGACGCUCUUGAUACAUUAUAUAUAAUGGGUCUGGAAGAGCAAUUUCAAAGAGCUAGAGAGUGGGUCGCAAACUCAUUGGAUUUCAACAAAAACUAUGAUGCUAGCGUUUUUGAGACAACCAUAAGAGUAGUGGGCGGACUUCUUAGUGCUUAUGAUCUCUCCGGUGACAAGGUUUUCCUCGAGAAAGCUACAGACAUUGCAGAUAGACUGCUGCCUGCAUGGAAUACUCCUUCUGGCAUCCCAUUUAAUAUUAUCAACUUGGAACAUGGGAAUGCACAUAAUCCUGGAUGGACUGGGGGUGACAGUAUCUUGGCAGAUUCUGGCACAGAGCAGCUUGAAUUUAUUGCUCUUUCUCAAAGGACAGGAGAUCCAAAGUAUCAGCAGAAGGCAGAGAAUGUUAUACUGGAGCUUAAUAAAACCUUUCCUGCUGAUGGUUUACUUCCCAUCUAUAUUAAUCCCCACAGAGGGACAACAUCAUAUUCAACUGUAACUUUUGGAGCCAUGGGGGACAGCUUUUAUGAGUACUUACUCAAGGUUUGGAUACAAGGAAACAGAACUACUUCUGUAAAGCUUUAUAGAGAAAUGUGGGAGACAUCUAUGAAAGGGCUGCUAAGCUUGGUUCGGAGAACUACGCCAUCAUCUUUCACAUAUCUCUGUGAGAAGAUGGGGAAUUCUCUAACUGACAAGAUGGAUGAAUUAGCAUGCUUUGCUCCAGGAAUGCUGGCCUUAGGGUCAUCUGGGUAUGGUCCGGACGAAUCUCAGAAAUUCCUUUCACUUGCAGAAGAGCUUGCUUGGACAUGCUAUAACUUCUACCAGUCAACGCCAACUAAAUUGGCCGGAGAGAACUAUUUCUUUCAUGCUGGGAAGGACAUGAAUGUGGGUACAUCAUGGAACAUAUUGAGGCCAGAGACAGUUGAAUCACUCUUUUACCUCUGGCGUUUGACUGGUAACAAGACAUACCAAGAGUGGGGCUGGAACAUAUUUCAAGCAUUUGAAAAGAACUCCCGCGUAGAGUCAGGAUAUGUUGGAUUGAAAGAUGUUAAUACUGGUGUCAAAGACAAUAUGAUGCAAAGCUUCUUUCUUGCGGAGACACUCAAGUAUCUUUAUCUUCUCUUCUCACCCCCUUCAGUCAUCCCACUGGACGAGUGGGUUUUUAACACGGAAGCGCACCCUCUAAGAAUCGUCACCAGGAAUGAUGAGGUACAGAAUUCUGGUGGAUCAAAAGGAUCGAAUGAACAACAUGAACCAACUUUUAGGUCACGUGCUAGGAAAGAAGGUCGAUUUAGUGGUCAUUAGGAUUUUUGAAGUUUUAAGAUUUUUAAUAGGCCAUUUCUGAAUUCCUCAUGAAAUCAGUUUUUCAGUCGAGACUUCUGUAUUUUUAGGGAUUGCUUUAUCUUAGAGUUAUUCCAUGGAUGCCUGUCAUUUUGAAAUCGGCCGAUACAUCAUAGAUUAGAGGUUGUUCACUGUUGCAUAACUGUUUGUAAUAUCAUAUAAGAGACUCUGUAUGGAUGAUUCAGUUUCAAAUUUCUGAUAUGUCAACUAAAGCUUGAAUUGUAA